UUUGUAAUGAACUCAGCUUUCUUCAGUGACGAAGCUUUUCUUUUUAUGCAAGGUCAUCCUGAUAGUGUUUUUGCAGAAUCAUUUGCCCAGAUCAAUCAGGGUUGGACUGAUUUCGGCCAGACUGACUUCAGCCUUGUGAGACAGAAUCCAUGGUUGAAAGAAGCUGCUCUAGAGGAGGUAAUGGAACUUAGGCCAGUUUCUCCAACUAAAUGCUCAGAUACAAAACAAGUCCCAAGCAUGAAGAAGUCGAAGGUGACACGCAAAAGUAGCACAAAGAGCAGAAGACAUCGGUGGAACAGGUCGGACUUACCCAAAAAGGCCGCUUUCAGAUUUGUCAGAAAAUUCUUCCAUGACUUGUUCAAGAAACAGCACCCAAAGAUUGUAAAAAAGAGAUAUGUCAACUGAGAUGUCCAGACUGCCAUCGAGAGCAUGCAAAGAACUAUCAGUAGUGUUCUCUCCGAAGAACUUAUCACCGAAGAACUCACCAGGUUCACUGUUGGCAUUCUUGGGAUCAAGAAGUCCUAUCAACUCGACUGUAGUAACAAAGUCAGAGAUGAAAUCGACCAAUUCUGGAAUACAACACAGAUGUUCACUAUUGGGGGCUUCAACAAGUGCAUGAAAUCAAAGAGUUUCCAGACUCUGUGUAGAUGUGUGGUUGCUCAGAGAAAAGACUCUCGAGCAAAAAUUUUAGAAGAGUCUCUACUAAAGUACUAAAGAGUUUACUCACAUAGUUAAAGUAAACUCUCGAUGAGUUUCAUACCAUAUUGUG